AUGGCAAACUUUAUUAGAUUCAAAGUUAACUAUUUCACAAGAUUAGGACAAGAGUUAUAUGUAUCAGGAUCAACUGAACCAUUAGGAAAUUGGGAUGAAUCAAAAGCCACCAAAUUAACCUACUGCGAUAAUGGAGAUUGGGAAACUUUAAUUCAAUUUCCAGCAUCAAACAAUAAAGUAGAUUAUAAAUACUUUGUUAUGGAUACUAAUGGUGAAAAGAUUUGGGAGAGUGGUUCAAACCGUACCUUUAAUUUAAAUGAUUUAAAUUCAAAUUAUAUUCAUGAAUUUAGAGAUACUUAUCAAAGUCCAACAUCAGCUGAAAAUACUUAUUUGAAUUCUUCAUUCUUUAGAGAAGUACUCUUUGGAAGAGAAAAUCCAACUCAAUAUUCUUUAAUUAAACAAACUCAAGCUGAUAAAGUUAUAAUUCAUUUCCAAGUUAAAUCAACAUAUGUACCACCAAAUCAUUCAAUUUAUAUUGUUGGUAGUAAUACACAAUUAGGUAAUUGGAGAACAGAUAGAGCAGUUAAAUUAAGUGAUGAAAGUUAUCCAAUUUGGAAAGUUGAUUUAGAGUUUUCAAAAGAUCAAUUACCAUUCUCUUAUAAAUAUAUUAUUGCCGAUAAGAUUAAAUCAGUUGUUCAUUGGGAAUAUGGUAAUGAUAGAUGGUUCACAGCAAGUGCCACUCAUGCAAGUGAAUAUUCAAGUACCACCAAUGAGGAUCGUGAUUUCUUCUUUAACGAUGGUGAAUUUAAGGAUAGUCAAUUAUUAAGAAGCGCAGGUGUUGCAGUACCAAUCUUCUCAUUAAGAAGUAAACAAGGUUUAGGUAUUGGUGAAUUCAACGAUUUACAUCAAUUGGUGGAUUGGUCACAUCAAUCAGGACUUCAUAUGAUUCAAAUAUUGCCAAUCAAUGAUACCACCGUCUAUUAUACAUGGAGAGAUAGUUAUCCAUAUAGUUCUGUAUCGGUUUAUGCACUUCAUCCAAUUUAUAUUCACAUUGAUUCAAUAACCAAGGAUCCAAAGAUAUUGGCUCAAGUAAAUGAACAUCGUGAAAAAUUAAAUAAAUUAACAACUGUAGACUAUGAAGCCGUUAUGAAUUUGAAAUCAAAAUUAUUACGUGAAAUCUAUUCAAAAGAAAAGGCAUCAUUGGAUGGAAACAAAGAGUUUUUACAAUUUGUAAAGGAUAGUGAAGAUUGGAUUAAAGCUUACGCUUUGUAUAGUGUCUUACGUGACACCUAUAAGAGUGGAGAUUUCGAUCAAUGGCCAGUCUAUAGUAGUAUCACUCCUGAAGACAUUGAAAAGGAAUCCAAACCAAACUCAAAAUACUAUGAUGAUAUGCGUUAUUAUUAUUUCGUUCAAUUCCAUCUUCACAAUCAAUUGCUAGCCGCUUCAAAAUAUGCAUCAGCUAAAAGAAUCGGUUUAAAAGGUGAUUUACCAAUUGGUGUCAAUAGAGUAUCAGUUGAUGCUUGGGUAUCACCACAUUUAUUCCGUAUGAAUAUGUCAACUGGUGCACCACCUGAUGCUUUCGCUGAUGAUGGUCAAAAUUGGGGUUUCCCAACUUACAAUUGGGAAGUCAUGAAAAAGGAUGGCUAUGCUUGGUGGCGUUCACGUUUGGGUCAAAUGUCAAAAUAUUUCCAUGCAUUUAGAAUCGAUCAUAUCUUGGGUUUCUUUAGAAUUUGGGAGAUUCCAACCACUUGUGUCACUGGUUUAUUGGGUAAAUUCAAUCCAUCAUUACCAUUGUGGAGAAGUGAACUUCAAAACAAUGGUCUUUGGGAUAUCGAUCGUUUAACUCAACCAUACAUUCGUUAUCAUACUCUUAGAGAGUUAUUUGGUGAAUACGCCGAUUCUGUCGCAACUAAAUUCCUCGUUGAAUAUUCAAGCAAUUGUUUCAAUAUGAAACCAGAGUUUGCCACUGAGCGUCUCAUUGAAAAGAAUCUCAAUGAAGAGGAUGCAAUGUAUAAAUCUGGUCUCUUUAAAUUGGUUCAAAAUGUAAGUCUCUUGGCCGAUGCAGAGGAUGAAAAUCGUUUCUAUCCAAGAAUUGAAAUCACCAAAACUAGCAAUUUCAAUGAACUCUCUGAUGAUAUCAAGACCAUUCUCCAUCGUUUAUACAUCUCUUACUACUAUGAAAGACAAGAGGAACUUUGGGCACAAAUUGCUCUUCAACGUUUACCUUUGAUUAAAGGUUGCACAAAGAUGUUGGUUUGUGGUGAAGAUUUAGGUAUGGUUCCAAAAUGUGUUGAGCCUGUACUCAACGAUUUAGGUAUCCUUGGUUUAAGAAUUCAACGUAUGCCUUCCGAUUCAAAUAAAGAUUUCUAUCAUCCAAAUGAAUAUUCCUAUCUCACUGUAAAUACUACCUCAUCUCAUGAUAUGAGUACCUUGAGAGGUUGGUGGGAAGAAGAUAGAGCUCGUUCUCAAGUUUUCUACAAUAAAAUCUUGGGAAUGUUUGGUGAUGCUCCUUACUUUUGUGAACCUUAUGUUAGUGAGGCCGUUAUCACUCAACAUUUACAUUCUCAAUCUAUGAUUUCAAUCUUUCCAAUUCAAGAUUGGUUCGGUAUCUCUAGUGAAUAUGGUAGCAGAGAUCCAAAAGAAGAAAAGAUUAAUGAACCUUCAAAUCCAAUGCAUUAUUGGAGAUAUCGUAUGCAUAUCAAUUUAGAAACCUUGGUUAACGAUCAUGAUUUCAGUAAAAAUAUUCAAAGAUUAAUUUUAUCUUCAAAUCGUAAUUUAGAUUAA